GGCAAACUAAGCAGAUCACAUGGGAGGGUCUCCGGGCCUUUUCAGUAUUAGAGUUUCUCACAGCAUAAGAUUUGUGGGUUCUGGCACAUUCGCGUCGCGAAAUAAGGAAUAUGCGCUCCUGGCGCAGUAGAGUUGAUCCCACGGAUGCAUCAUCGACCUGAAUUCAUUCGGAUGGCCUUUGUUGCUCAACUUGAAUUCCACAGAUCAAAAAGCAAGACCAAGGUGCGAGUUUAGUCUGCGGACGGUGGACACUUUCGUACCGCAGCCGUGUACAAAACGCAAUAUAUAAAUGGGUUACUCAAACCAACAUAAACAACAGACCAUGGCCCUCAAUGAUAACACCCCUUCAGGACCUCUGGAACCACUACUCCAGCCCAAGGUCCUUCGCCGUCUUGGCGAACACCUCGGUCGCACAGAUCUCCUCGCCGGUCUUCGUGUCUGCAAGACCUGGCACACUGCAUUCGAGCCCUUCCUUUGGCACACCCUCGCUUUGCAAAACCAGCCAUGCAAUUUUACACCUCGCCAGGCCACUCCAACCCUCCUCCUCCGCAACCGCCAUCAUAUCCGGCGCCUUCAUGAAGUCGGAUCCAAUUCUCUGCUGAAAUUCCUAGCCUUCUCGACGCAGCCCCCAACCAUACAACUUACCAACAUCUCUGUAUCAAUCUUGAGCCCCGAGAUCCUGAUGAUUACCCACCACUGCAUCGAUACCUUGGCUUCUUUCAGCUGCCGCUCCAAUCGGCUGCGAAAAGAUCACCAGACUCAGAGUCUUUGGUGUCGGCAACUGUUCUCGAUCCUCGAGAUGGCCUCAGCGCUGACGGAGCUGGCCAUCGGACCCUUGAUCCUGUUGGAUUCACCCAAUGACGUCUUUGCGAAGGUAUGCAAGAACCUCAAGCGAUUAGAACUGGACCGAGUCAAAGUGGCAGACCGAGAUCUGUACGACGAAUCGAUUGCGGUUGAGGCAGUGUCCUUCAAGCCCUUCCCAGCCCUAGAGACCUUGAUCUUGAUCUGGAACGACUUCCCACCACAGUGCCAGCUCGAGUUAAUCCGCAAGUCCCCAAAUCUCAAAUCCGUAACCUGGAGACGUGGAACACAGCAGCUGGCGCAGUCGUGGCUCUCGGGAACAUUAGCUAUGCCUAUCUUUCUAACUAGCUUAGAUAUUGGCCAUUCGUACAUCAACGACGAGAGCAUUGCCCGGAUUCUGGCUAUGGCACCUAAUUUGGUAACGCUCAACGCUCGAUCGACACCGUUCGCAGCAAAGAGUGGCCAGUACUUGCUUGAGAACCAGGGACCAAAGAUGGUGGAGCUCGAUGUUAUGGAUUGCGUUGAUUUGAGUGCUGGGAUCGUCCAAGUGAUGUUGACAUCCAUGUCAAAACUGAAAAAGUUUUGCGCGCCGCGAGUAAAUGCUGCCGACGUUGCAUUCUUUCUCAAAAGGUCCUUAUCCGCGGGAUGGUCGCCGGAGGAAAUCCCAGUUCAGGUUGAGACGGACAAGUCGAGCCCAGCGCCAGGAUCGUCCGUAGUACAGCCCAGGGUGCCCACUGGCUCUUGGACGUGUCUCGACAUGGAGGAACUCGAGCUCACCAUUGAUGGGUCGGGGGGUUUUGAAGAUCAGGACUUUGCUGAGGUUCGCUCGUUGGUCUUUGAGCAGCUAGGACGGUUGACACGUCUACAGGUGUUGGUUCUAAGCGAGAAAGUACAGGAAGGCGAUGAGGAAAAGCGUCUUCUGAAUUUUACUCUACAGUGUGGACUUAGUAAAUUAUCUGGUCUGAAGCGCUUAACAGAGCUGGAUAUUUGCAGUUUGCAGGUCAAUAUCGGGAGGGAAGAGGUGGAAUGGAUGAAGAAGGAGUGGCCAAGGUUGAUAGACGCGAAGGGGAAAUUGAAAUGCAAAGUCGAUAUUGAGGACAAGUUUUUGAGGAGGUCGUUUACAUAGAACUACACGAUGCCAUAAACUGUACCAAAAUGUAAUCUCGUGGACUUGAGACUCUGCUCAGAUGCGUGAAUCUUUGUAACAAAAGCUAGGAAGCAGAUUGACACGCGUUUUGGCGCAG